AUGCCAGCUAUUGGAAUUGAUCUAGGAACGACGUACUCGUGUGUUGGAGUGUGGCAACAUGGCAACGUGGAGAUCAUCGCGAACGACCAAGGCAACAGGACUACACCAUCCUACGUAGCGUUCACCGACACGGAGCGACUCAUCGGCGAUGCGGCGAAGAACCAGGUGGCCCUCAACCCCAGCAACACAGUGUUCGACGCCAAAAGGUUAAUCGGGCGCAAAUUCGACGACCCAAAGAUCCAACAAGACAUGAAGCAUUGGCCGUUCAAAGUGGUCAACGACUGCGGGAAACCCAAAAUUCAAGUAGAGUUCAAAGGUGAGACGAAGACGUUCGCGCCGGAGGAGAUCAGCAGCAUGGUGCUGACGAAGAUGAAGGAGACUGCAGAGGCGUACCUCGGAACCACGGUGCGGGACGCCGUCAUCACCGUGCCGGCGUACUUCAACGACUCGCAGCGUCAGGCCACGAAGGACGCGGGCGCCAUCGCCGGGCUGAAUGUGUUGCGCAUUAUCAACGAGCCCACGGCUGCUGCUCUGGCUUACGGCUUGGACAAGAACUUGAAAGGGGAGCGCAACGUGUUGAUCUUCGAUCUCGGCGGUGGUACUUUCGACGUGUCGAUCCUGACUAUCGACGAAGGCUCUCUGUUCGAAGUGAAGGCGACGGCCGGCGACACGCACCUGGGAGGCGAGGACUUCGACAACAGACUCGUGAACCAUCUCGCGGAAGAGUUCAAGCGCAAGUACAAGAAGGACCUGCGUUCGAACCCGCGCGCCAUGCGUCGCCUCCGCACCGCCGCCGAGCGGGCCAAGCGCACGCUGUCGUCUAGCACCGAGGCCACCAUUGAGAUCGACGCGCUCUAUGAAGGCAUCGACUUCUACACGCGCGUCUCCCGCGCUCGCUUCGAGGAGCUCAACGCAGACCUGUUCCGCGGUACCCUGGAGCCGGUCGAGAAGGCGCUUAAGGAUGCGAAAUUGGACAAGAGCCAGAUCCACGAUGUCGUGCUCGUAGGCGGUUCCACCCGUAUUCCGAAAGUGCAAAGUUUGCUUCAGAACUUCUUCUGUGGAAAGCAAUUGAACUUAUCUAUCAAUCCAGACGAAGCAGUUGCGUAUGGCGCUGCCGUUCAAGCCGCAAUCCUCAGUGGAGAUACUGACUCCAAGAUUCAAGACGUAUUGCUGGUGGACGUGGCUCCAUUAUCUCUGGGUAUCGAGACAGCUGGAGGCGUGAUGACGAAAAUCAUCGAAAGAAACUGCAAGAUUCCUUGCAAACAGUCAAAGACCUUCACCACGUACUCUGACAACCAGCCAGCAGUUACUAUCCAAGUUUAUGAAGGCGCGAGCGUGCGAUGA